AUGUCCAAUGCAGGGAAUGCCAUUCCCUCGACCAGGUCGACGCUGCAAGGCAAAGUGAUUCAGAGUCAGUCGAGGGAAAUCGUGGCAAAUGUGUUCGCCUUCAUGAAAAGGGAGGCCGAGUUUGGACAGCAGAUCCCCUUGCGGUGCGUGACGAAACGCGUGAUUGCCGCCACGGGCGUCUCGGAAAGAAGCAUCCGACGUAUUCAGCGUGAGGCCGAAGUCGUGUACUCGGGCCAGCCUGUCUUCUGCAGGACAGUGGUAACAAUCAGUCUCAGUCCAAUAAACUAGGAGUCAAAAAGGAUAGUAAACUUAGUGAGGAAGGAGAUUUAAAGAAAACAAUAGACAAAAUGUUGUACCCAUCACUGGAAGACUUGAAAGUCGAUCAGCUAGCUAGGGCUCAGCGACCUCAUGAUGCAGCGGAGGCAUUCAUGCAGCAACAGAGAAAUGUGGGGAUUUCCUCCAAUCCUAUCCCUUACACUACAGCGGGCUCUGUUCCUCUGUACCCAUCUAUGAAUGCGCAUUCUCAAAACCAGAGUUUGAUGACAAACGUAGCACCACCUGCGUAUAGUCUCACUCCCUCAGCACCAUCAGUUGCUGCAACUCCAGUUCACUCGCACCAAAACACCAGUCUUCGUCAGUAUCACUCUUCAGUUUAUCCUACUUUAAAUGAUUAUAUGGGCUUGGAUCUGUCGCCUGAGAUGAUUGCACAGAACAUGCCUGAAUAUGGAUCGUCUCCAGUUGUUACUUCUACGCAGCUUCAGCCAGCUUCUGCUACUAUUUCCUCUUCUAGAGGAGGAAUGGUAGCUCCUAUAUCAGGUCAAUCCCUUGGUCUUCAGAGGGCGCAAGUCACUCAUGGUAUUCGUGAGAUGAUUGUGUGCAAAGAUGCUGAAGGAAAAGUUGGAUUAAGAGUCCAGACUGUGAAUAGUGGAGUAUUUGUGUGUGUUGUUGUCAAAGGCUCUCCUGCUGCUAUGGCCGGGCUAAGAUUUGGAGAUCAAAUUCUGCAAGUGAAUGGAAUUAUUGUUGCUGGGUAUACUAUGGAUCAAGUUCAUAAGCUGUUCAAAGACAGCCCAAUAAAUGGUAUUUCUGUUGUCGUCCGUGACAGGCCAUUUGAGAGAACUGUCACUUUACAAAAGAACAGUACAGGUCAUGUAGGUUUCCACUUCAAGGAUGGGAAAAUUGUUGGCCUAGUGCAGGAUUCAUCAGCUGCCAGGAAUGGACUGCUUACUGACCACCAUGUACUGGAAGUAAAUGGACAGAACGUUGUUGGGAUCCCAGACAAAGACAUCACAUCUGUUAUUAAUGAAGGUGGACCUACAAUCACAGUCACCAUAAUCCCUUCAUUUGUCUUUGACCACAUGGUGAAGAAAAUGUCAUCUAGUUUGUUGAAAACUGCCAUGGAUCAUUCUAUUCCCAAUGUGUAAGAUAUCCUCAGGCAGUUGCCCCUACAGAUGUCUUAUGUGAUGUGCCAGUUGAAAAAAAAGAAGAAACAAUGCACAGCUUGCCUAAAAAGCAGCGUGUUUUUGUAUAUGUUAGUUACUUGCUUUUAUGUUUAUAUUUCUUCUAUCCCCUGGCUCUUUCUUUUCUUGAUUGGUAUGAUUUUAAGUUGAAGACUUAUUCUUAUAUCUCUGGUAAUAUUAUUGAUAUUAUUUAGGUUUGGGGUUUUCAGUAGAAAACCUGUUCCAUGAUUUGUGACGACUUCAUGUGCCAUACAGUUAUUUUUUAGAAUAUCCUCCAUUAAUCUUCCUCAGUAUUAAAUUUGUGCUUGGUACUAAACUUGCCACUAGACAAAAGACAGUUUAACCAGCAGCUAUUUACUUACUGCCAUAUACACCAGUGUAAGUAUUGGAGUAAAUGCUAGACACAUUAGUAUUAAAUAUGAAACAUGGAACAGGGUUGAACAAUUGUCAUGUGUACCUAGGUAUGGUAUUAUUCCUUUCAGAUGAUGUUAGAGAUAUCUGUACUCUUUUAUUUACACUCUAUAUUCUAUUCUAUACUCACUUCCAGGACUGCUCUGACAAGUUACUUGUAAAGAUCUGAAAUUAGAAACUUACUACAGUAUUUAUACUUUUGACAUGAUUUUCUUUGAUAAGUGAUGCAUUUCUGCUGUGGUUUGGUUGUCCUUUGACUUUGGUAUUUCCCUGGAGGUUAAAAUUGCCAUGUUGUGUGUGUAUGUAAGGUUGGCAUGCAAAAAAUAUUUUAGUGUUAUCUAGCGCAAAUGUCUGCACUAGAGACUGGAGAUUAUGAGCAUAUGUUGAACAUAACUAUACAUUUUAGUUUUGAUUUUUAUACAAUUAAAAUUUUAUAUUGUCUUUAUCCUACUCUGCAUUAAUAAGAGGAUCAAUUGAAA